ACAAAAUAUUUAGUCUGUGACACAAAAGUGAAUUUUAAUUUUGUUGUGAUAAUGUAUUGCGAUAAGUAAUUUAUUAUAUUUUAAGAGAAAUGAAAGGAUUUCAUAUGUAUUACACAACUAAUUGGAAUGGACUGAUAAGUAUCUGCAAGUAUCAUUUAAUAUUAUAACCUUCAAAGAUAAAUAAUAUAAAUUCAGAAUUUUAUCUACUCCGUUAUGAUAAUGAUUAACCGGCUAUGUAAGUCUAAUUUUCCUGAUAAUUUAACACACACAUUGAUUUCGCACAGUUGAAACAAAUAUAAAGUCUAAAGUACAUUCUGAGCAAAGGUCAAAUUUUACAUAAGCUUGUUUGCCUGGCUGCCUUGACAAUGUCUGCAAAGGCUAAAUUAUUGAAAGCUUUAAUACUCGGUGCACCUGCAUCCGGAAAGGGUACUAUAUCAUCCCGAAUUGUGAAAAAAUAUGGCAUAGAGCACAUAUCAAGUGGUGACAAAUUGAGGGACCAUAUAGAAAAACAAACUGAGCUGGGAAAAGAAGUCAAAAAGUACUUAAAUGAAGGUAAAUUAGUACCAGAUGAUGUUAUAAUUAAAUUUAUGAUAGCGGAAUUAAAACAGAAUAGUGAUAAGCCAUGGUUAUUGGAUGGUUUUCCGAGGACUGUGGUCCAAGCAAAUGCUCUAUGGAAAGUGCACCCUGUGGAUGUAGUUUUAAACCUGGAAGUACCAUUUGAAGUAAUAAUAGAAAGGGUGAAGAACCGCUGGGUUCAUUUACCAUCAGGCAGAGUUUAUAAUAUAGGUUUUAACACACCAAAAGUGAUGGGGAAAGAUGAUGUAACUGGUGAAGAUUUAAUCCAACGGCCAGAUGACAAACCUGAAGCUGUUCUUAAGCGGUUGGAAAUAUAUAAAAGUGUGACACAACCUGUCAUAAAUUUUUAUACAGAUAAAGGUAUAUUAAAAAAUUUUGAAGGCCGCACAUCUGAUGAAAUAUGGCCAAAGGUAACAUCAUAUUUAGAUCCAAUUUUUAAAAAAUAAUCUUUAACUGUAAGAUGUUACAAUUUUUUCAUACACAGAUUUUAUAGUAGUUAUUUAUAGUGCCUUUUUCAUGUGUUAGACAUAUAGUUUUUUAAUAGAUUUUGGUGUAUUUAGUUGUAAGUGAUUAUUGUAGAAAAGUAAUUAUUGAAAAUGUCACAAAUAAUUUUAAGGUCAAUUAAGACAAAGUCUUGACAGACAGUGCAAUAAUGUCUUCCAAAUAAUGAAUAUCAACACUUAACAUUUCUUCUAGUCAAUGGUUACUAUAAAAAUACAGAUGAAUCGAGAACCUCCUCCUUUUUUAAAUCAGUUAAAACACCGGGCUAUAUAAAAAAUUUUAGAUACAUAAAUGAAUGUUUGUAAAGUUCCUUUUUGCUUUUUUAUUGUGAUAAUUUGAUAUUGCCAGUACUUCAGGGUAAAUAAAUCUUGAUACAGGCAUAUUAUAACUUUGUGUUGAUAUAUUAUAAAAAAUAUAUUUUUAAUUACUAG